AUGCACAUAUUGAGGCAAUAUUACAGACUACCAGAGGGGACACUGGAGCUGGCCAAAAUCAGCAAAGUGUUGAUGGCCAUGGAGCAGGGAAGAGUGACGGAAUUCGAAGGAAAGAGCCUCGACCAGAUACAAAUUGAGCCUGAAGGGAGAGCAAUUCUAAAGUGUCAUGGAAACACAAACAGUGGGAGCCUGUGGAACCCGCAGUGUCCUGAAUGUCACCGUCUGCUGCGGUUCCCGUGUCCGGGCGCCAUGAUUGCGCUGGGCCUGGACCGGGUGCUGAUCGGAUUUGGGUCCCGUUGUCGCGGUGUCCCCAGAUUCCGUUGCAAUGGAUUUCAGGCGCCGAAGCGGAACGGCGCCUGUGAAAAGACGUUUAAAUGGAAGUAUAGAGACGUUAGCCUUGCUCCCGUCCUCACGUGGGCCUCCUCUUCAGACCGGAGCGAGCGGCGGCGGCGGGACGAUAAGAUUCUCAGGAGGUCGGUGCUCACAGCCUUUGUCAGUCCUUUCAAAGCCGUCGUCAAAGGUUUUUUUAACUCCGGUCUCCGCUGA